CUUGCACCCUGAGAAGCAAAAUGUCUCAACCUGUUUUAUGGAUACCCUUAAUAGUUUUCCUGUUCCAUCUGGCUUGUGGUAUUGAAGUUCCCUUGGACCCAAUCAUUCAACGAGAGCUUAUUCAGCCACCAACCAUUACUAAGCAGUCUGUGAAAAAUUAUAUUGUUGAUCCACGUGAUAACAUCAUCAUUGAGUGUGAGGCUCAGGGAAAUCCACAUCCCACAUUUACUUGGACUAAGAAUGGAAAAUUUUACAAUGUUGCUAAGGAUCCGAAAGUCUCAUUUCGCAGACGUUCAGGAACCCUUGUCAUAGACAUUUAUGGGGGUGGUAGGCCUGAAGAUUAUGAAGGGGAAUAUCAGUGCUUUGCUCGCAACCAGCAUGGGACAGCUCUUUCGAAUAAGAUUUUACUUCAAGUCUCUAGAUCUCCACUAUGGCCAAAAGAAAACCUAGAUCCAGUUGUUGUAAAUGAAGGGGCAUCUCUCAUUCUGCAAUGCAACCCUCCUCCUGGUCUCCCUCCUCCAGUCAUUUUCUGGAUGAGCAGUUCAAUGGAGCCAAAUGUGCAGAGCAGAAGAGUGUCCCAGGGUCUGAACGGAGACCUGUACUUCUCUAAUGUCUUGCGUGAGGAUGCUGUGACAGAUUACAGCUGCAAUGCGCGCUCGCAUUUCACACAUACCAUCCAGCAGAAAAAUCCAUACACUUUAAAAGUACUAACCAAGAAUUCCCGUAAUGACUCUGCUGUACAUUCCGUGAACCAUACUAUUAAGUAUCAUGCCCGUGGGGUACCAGAGCGGAUACCAACAUUCCUACUCCCUACGGGGACAUCUAGCACCAAGUUGGUUCUGCGUGAUGAAGAUCUACUUCUGGAGUGCAUUGCAUCUGGAGUCCCCACCCCAGACAUUAUGUGGUAUAAGAAAGGAGGAGAGCUACCCAGUCAGAAGUUGAAGUUUGAGAAUUACAACAAGACUCUGCGCAUUUCACCCGUCUCUGAGGAAGACAGUGGAGAGUAUUUCUGCCAGGCAUCAAACAGGAUGGGAAGUAUCAGACACACCAUCUCUGUUCGUGUGAAAGCGGCGCCUUACUGGCUGGAUGAACCAAAAAACCUGAUCUUAGCCCCAGGAGAAAAUGGCCGUUUGGUUUGUCGGGCCAGCGGCAACCCUAAACCCAUAAUUCAGUGGCUGAUGAAUGGAGAAGUAAUCUCAGCUCCAAACCAAAACUUUGAAGUUGCUGGUGACACUAUAAUUUUCAGAGAAGUACAGACUGGUAAUAGCGCAGUGUUUCAGUGUAAUGCUUCCAAUGCCCAUGGAUAUCUGUUGGCUAACGCUUUUGUCUCCAUACUUGAUGUGCCAUCCCGAAUGCUGGGCCCUCGGAACCAGCUUAUCAGAGUAAUUGAAUAUAAUAGGACUCAGUUAGACUGCCCUUUUUUUGGAUCUCCUAUACCUACUCUUCGCUGGUUUAAGAACGGACAGGGCAGUAACCUGGAUGGAGGAAAUUACAGAGUCCAUGAAAAUGGUACACUGGAGAUUAGUACUGUGCGAAAGGAAGAUCAAGGCAAAUACACGUGUGUUGCUACAAACAUCCUUGGCAACGCUGAAAAUACCGUAAGGCUUGAAGUCAAAGAGCCAACUCGAAUUGUAAAGGGUCCAGAAGAUCAGAUUGCUCGACGUGGCUCCACUGUGCGGUUGGACUGUCGUAUUAGGAGCGAUAAUACUUUGAGAACGGUAGUCACUUGGAUGAAGGAUGAUACUCAGUUAUACAUAAGUAGCAGAAUGAAGAAGGAAGAUGACGGCCUGACUAUAUUUGGAGUAGCAGGGAAGGAUCAGGGAGCAUACACCUGCGUGGCUAAAACAGAACUGGAUCAGGACUUUGCAAAAGCCUAUCUCACUAUCCUGGAAACAUCUUCCUCACCUACUAGCCAUCUGACAACAAUACAAAGAGACAAGCCAGACCCACCUAUGGAUUUGGAGCUGACAGAUCUUGCCGAACGAAGUGUCCGUCUUACAUGGAUUCCAGGUGACGAAAAUAACAGUCCUAUAACAGGUUUCGUUGUACAGUUUGAAGAGGAUCGUUUGCAGCCUGGCACGUGGCAUAACCUUGCCUCCGUGCCUGGUAAUGUAAACUCUGCUUUGCUUCGUCUCUCUCCAUAUGUCAACUACCAGUUUCGGGUACUGGCAGUAAAUGAUCUUGGAAGCAGCAUGCCCAGUCCAACUUCUGAAAGAUAUCAAACCAAUGGGGCACCCCCAGAAGUUAACCCAAGUGAGGUCCGUGGAGCAGGCACUCGGAAAGACAACAUGGAGAUAACAUGGGCACCGCUGAACUCCACACAAGCAUAUGGGCCGAACCUACGCUACAAUGUGAAAUGGCGACAGCGUCACUCAGGAGAAGCCUGGAAUAAUAUCACUGUUUGGACUAACAGGCAUGUUGUUUGGAACACUCCAGUGUACACACCUUAUGAGAUAAGAGUACAGGCAGAAAAUGAGUAUGGCAGAUCACUGGAGCCGAACACUGUCAUUGGAUAUUCAGGGGAGGACUAUCCUAAGGCAGCACCCACAGACAUUAAAUUAAGGGUCAUGAACAGCACUGCCAUCUCCCUUCAGUGGAGUCGUGUGACCCCUGCUUCUAUCCAAGGAAGCCUUGUGGAAUACAGAGCUUAUUACUGGAGGGACAGUAGUUUCCUGAGGGGACACUGGGUCUCUCGAAAGAAGCUACAGCAGAGUUUUAUUGGAGAUCGUGUGCGAGGGAUUGUGUCAUUCCUGAUACCUUACAGCAACUACAAAUUAUACAUGGUAGCAGUGAAUGGGCGAGGGGAUGGCCCGAAGAGUGAUAUUAAGGAGUUUACCACACCAGAGGGCGUACCCAGUCAGCCUAAGAACUUUAGAUUCAGUGAGCCAAAUCGUGAAAUAAUUAAUUUGGAAUGGAGUCCUCCAGAACAUCCCAAUGGAAAUAUAACUGGAUAUAAUCUACGCUACCAAACAUUUAAUGGUACCAGAUUUGCAAGAGCAGUGGUAGAGGUGCUGUCACCAAAUCUGACAAAAUACACCUUGACAAGAACAGAUCCUCUCUCACGCUAUCGAAUCACGCUGAGUGCCAGGACCCAGGUUGGAGUUGGAGAAGUCGUCACUGUUGAUACUCCUCUCAGACAAGAUGAAGUUCCUCCCACAUCAGUUGCCCCUACGUCUCCAGUAUCUCCCACAGAAGCACCCACAAAAAUUCCAACUGGUCACCUGACCACUCCGGGUACUACUACUACUACUGUUACUACUACUACUACGACUAGCACAACCCUCUCUACAACCACCUUCAUUACUGCUACUGAAAUCAGACAAACAGUGGUUAGCAUCCACGAAAUAGCAACAUCUGGACAACCUAUUUGGAACAUCACAGCUUUGCCCAACAGCCACUGGGCAAACAUCACCUGGAUGCAUAACUUAGGGCCUGGCUCUGAGUUUAUGGUUGAGUAUAUUGAUAGUAAUAACAUGAACAGAACUGUUCCAGUUAAGGGUCAUCCCCCCUCAAUUCAGCUGUCUGACCUGGUCCCCGGGAUGACCUACCGAGUACGGGUUUAUUCCCGGGAGCACCACUCAGUCACAAGCCCAUACGUGACGUUCGAGACCAGCUCAGCUUACACAAAGAACCAAGUAGACAUUGCCACUCAAGGUUGGUUCAUUGGGCUCAUGUGUGCUGUUGCUCUGCUUGUACUUAUCCUGUUGAUUGUGUGCUUCAUCAAGAGGAGUCGAGGAGGCAAAUACCCAGUGCGAGAGAAAAAGGAAGUGGCUUUGGGUGCUGAAGAUCAGAAGGAUGAGGAUGGAUCAUUUGAUUACAGGUUUUUUGGAAGUGAUGAAGACAACAAGCCACUUCAGGGCAGCCAGACUUCUAUAGAUGGAACCAUAAAGCAGCAGGAAAGUGACGACAGCCUUGUUGAUUACGGUGAAGGAGGAGAGGGACAGUUUAAUGAAGAUGGCUCUUUUAUAGGGCAGUAUACAGUUAAAAAGGACAAAGAUGAGACCGAAGGAAAUGAAAGUUCAGAAGCCACUUCACCAGUUAAUGCCAUCUAUUCUUUGGCAUAGGGCAUUGGUACUUCCCUAUUCCUUUACUACCUCCAUGUCUUUGCCUCUCCUUGGAGCACAGGUUCCAUCUUUCCCAUGCAAAAUUCAUAUGGUAAGCCUGCACCUGAAUGUGGAUUCUGCUAACAUCCAAAGGACAACUAGGAGGCAUGGAAGUGUAGAGCGCAAUCCCAUCCUACAGCUGCUGCAGUUCUUGUACAAGCCACACACAGUAUUAUUACCUGCUGGGACAUCCUCAAGCCUUGCCUUGCUAUCUGCUAAUUGUAGUUCCAUUGACCUCCUCAGGUUGAAAACUGUCUGAUAUUCAAAAUAUGUAGAAAUUUCUUCAGAAAGAGGUUGUCUAACUUCUUCCUAAAGUUCACAGUAUUUGUUCCAGAAGUCAAAUUCUUGUCAGACUGAACUGAACAUUUUUUACUUUGUAAUGUGACAUUACAGCAUUGAUGGUCAACUAUGUACCUAAUCAUAAUGUAACAGAAAAUGUAGUAACUAUUAAUUUUCCCCCUACCUCCAGAGUUAUAUGCUUUGCUCCAGAGUAUUCUGUAAUAUGACAUAUAUAACAAAUAGGGCAAUAAGACACUCUGGAUUUGUGUUGCUUCAUUAUCACUCCCCACAGGACAGUGUCUUUUACCCUGCUUUUACUGCUUAUGGGGAACCUAGUACUCCCAUUAGACAAACCCUAGUCACAUGGACCUUUUGAUUGUAGCUGCUAUCUUUACAUAUCCCACUUUACACUAUCUCCGUGUGUAAGAGCCAACUCCUGCCAUUAUCCCCUUUUCUGCGAGAAGGAUAUAAGGAGCAACACAGUAGCAGUACUAACAAAAUGUAAUAACUGCAUUAUAUACAUAAACCUUUACUCUCUGUGACACUAACAAUCUAUGCAGAAAAUAUCUGUUCCUGUUUUGUCUUCUGUUUGGAUCACACAAUUUUUCACUUACUUUUAAUUUUGAAGAAAAUUAUUGCCACCAGAAUGAUGUAGAUGGGACCAGCACCAACCAAGGGUGUGUAUAGAAGACUUGGCAGCACCCAUAGGGGUAAAUUCUUCCUAAUAUAAGAGAUGAAAUGCUAAAUGAAAGUUAUAAACAUUUUGUAUGCUGAUGUAGGGGAACAGCAAAAGGUCCCAAAUUGAAACUGUGUACACUAAUGUGAAUGCUUAUGCAUACAUAUAAGAG